AUGUGUAUAUUCGAGGGAAACCAGGAGGUAGUGACACUACUUAUACCACCACCAGGAGGAGGAGGAGGUGGUGGUGAUGGUGGUACCGGUCGUAAUGUUGGUGAACGAACGUGCAAUGUGGCGGGCCUUCUGUUCUACGCGCCUCAUUACAUCUGGAAGACAUGGGAAGGAGGCCGAAUGCAGUCGAUCACCGCGGAUCUCUCUGUUCCCAUCUUGAAUAAAGAAGAUCAGAGAAAAAGAGUCAAUCAGCUCGCUGACUAUCUCCAGAAUUCUCUCUGGAACAAUAACACCUAUGCCCUAAAAUAUCUAUUUUGUCAGUGUUUAAGCCUGGUGAACUGUAUUGUAAACAUGGUGCUUAUGAAUAAGUUUUUGAACGGAAAGUUCCUCACUUAUGGAGCGGACGUAUUUUCGUAUUCCGAGGCAGUCGACCAGGAGAGCAGGACAGAUCCCAUGAUCGAGGUCUUCCCAAGAGUCACUAAAUGCUCGAUGAGCAUGUUCGGUUCGUCGGGAACUUUACAGAAGCACGAUUUUUUGUGCGUCCUUGCAGUAAAUGUUAUAAACGAAAAGAUAUACCUGGCAAUGUGGUUAUGGUUCAUUCUUCUCAUCUCUCUGAGUAUCCUAGUUUUUUUCUUUCACCUGGCGGUGUUCGCUGUUCCCGUUAUAAGAAGACUGUAUCUCGUAUAUCUCUUGGGUAGUGGUGACAAAGCUAGGAUCGUCGCGAGAACUUUCAAUCAAAUGGGCGAUGUUUUUCUACUCUAUCUUUUAAAGAAAAAUGUCGAAUGUCAGUCCCUAAAUCUAUUGUUAACGGAACUAUGUCGGGAGCCCAUCACGGGGGACGACGAAUCGAAGAAAUAUCAGAAAUAUCUCAGAAGAGAGUCGGAAGUAUAGUUUUUUCUA